AUGCCCUCCUCAGAAGAAAUGUCCAAAGUAGACGGCGACACUCUCCCCUCAUCGCAAGUCGAAAACGCACAGGGCUACAGUUCCCGCAACCCCCUCCUCCAUAACCUCGACGGCCUAACCCUCUACGAGAAGAAAUGCGUCCUUAUCAACCGCGAGAUCGACGCCCAAGGAAUGGGCAAAUACCAGUGGUACAUCUGGGGUCUCUGCGGCUUCGGAUACCUCCUCGAUCUGCUCUGGGCCCAGGCUUUUGGUCUCGUGCUUGGACCGCUCAAGCAGGAGCUGGGCUUUGGGAAUGACGAGUCGGGGAAUAUCUCUACGAGCUUUAAUGCUGGGCUUACGGCGGGGGCGUUUGUUUGGGGGUUUUUGGCGGAUAUUAUUGGACGUCGCUGGGCAUUCAACUUGACGUGUCUCAUUUCGUCGAUAUUCGGACUUUGUCUUGGUGCAUCUAAUAAUUACACGACCUUUCUCGUGUUGACAGCGUUUGUCGGCUUUGGUGUUGGAGGAAAUAUUCCCAUCGACACGACAAUUACUCUCGAGUUCAUUCCCCAGAACAAACGCUUUCUCUUGGCCUGUCUAUCUGUAUUCCAACCAAUUGGAGUCGUCCUCUGCAGUGCCAUCGCCUUCGGCUUCAUCCCAGUCUACGCAUGUUCUCCCAACUUCUCCGAACCUAAUCCUCUAGUAUCAUGCAACAAUGCCGACGCAGGGGAAAGGUGCUGUUCCCGCGGUGACAACAUGGGAUGGCGAUAUCUUCUCUUCACAAUUGGCGGCAUCACUCUCGCCGUCUUUAUCCUUCGCUUCUUCGUGUUUAACUUCCGCGAGACUCCAAAAUAUCUCAUCUAUCGUGGUCGUGACAGCCAAGCAAUUGAGACGCUUCAGCAUAUGGCCCAGGUGAACAAGAAGCAGUGUGGACUCACUCUUGAACUAUUUGAGUCACUUCAGGCAGAUGAUAGCUCUCUUGGAAGUGGUAAUAGUGCAACUCCUGCUUUGGGAGCUGGAACAAAGCAGCUCAACAUGGCAUGGUCUCAAAAGGCUAAGCUUGAGCUGUCGAGAUACAAGAUGCUGUUUUCUAGUCCCAAGAUGACUCGUCUUACAGUUCUUGUAUGGUUGACGUAUAUCAUGGAUUACUGGGGAUUUACUGUUGCAGGCUUCUACUUGCCAAGCAUCCUCGCUCUCAAGAAUGGUGCCGCAUCCGUAAGUCUCAAAUCGACUUACGCUGCCUACAUCUACACGUAUGCACCCGGUAUUGUCGGAGUACUCCUCGGUGCAACACUCUACCGUAUCCCAGCUAUUGGCCGCAAGUGGACGAUGGUACUGUCAGCUGCACUGAUGGGCAUCUCCAUCAUCCUCUUCUCAACAGUCGACACGCGUGCUAAGAACGAAGGCCUCUUCACUAUGGAAUACUUCUUCCAGUCCAUGUUCAAUGCUGUGCUUUACGGCUGGACUCCUGAAGCUUUCCCUGCGCCAAUCCGCGGGACAGCCUGUGGUAUUGCAGGAUUUUGGGGUCGAUUGUUUGGUAUUGUGAGUCCGUUGAUUGCACAACAUCUGUAUGGGCGCACGGGAGAAAAUGGACAGGGAGAUGUCAACAGUGUGCUGUAUCUUGCUGGAGGUGUUAUGCUGGGUUGUGUUAUCACAACAGCUCUGUUGCCUAACGACAUGAUGGAGAGCAAGGAUGAGAGGUCGUAA